UGUAUUUUGAUCGACGAAAAUAUGCUUCAUGACGCGAAUUAUGGGUUUCUUCCAAUAUUAAGACAUGAAUACCGACACGACCUAGUAUAGAAAGUCGAAAGCUUUGCUUUAGGGUGCCUGUCAGUUGAUGGUUGGUCCGGGACAGUGCGCUGCGAAAUUUCUGUCAACUCGAAGUUGGAUCGCUCUUUUUAUUUUUUGAGAAUUCAUUCUUUCAUCUAUCUUUUCAUCUUUACAUCUAUUAUCCAAGGCAUUGUUUAGCAAUUUCCUAUCUGCCUUCGAUUCAGUCAUUCCUUGACUUUUAUACUCUUUCUCUUACAGUCGCGCGCUCUCAGGAACAAAGGACACAGUCGAAACAGACACGGUCCAGACAAUUCACCUGCUCAUGGUCUCGAGCUCAAACACCGAUACCGGUAGCCAUGUCGAGGUCACUCUUUCUCAUGGAACAACGACUGACAACCAUGCAGGAAUGACAUCCUCGUCUACCAUAAAGGAUACAUCCAAUGCGAACACUGACUCUAAUGAAACAGAGGAUGUCAACCCACAGUUUCGUCCUUCACCUAACGCAGAGGAGGAUUUUGAAGAUAUCAAUAUUUUUCAGGCUGCUCAAAUGGGCAAACUUGCUAUUGCUGCAAGACUUGUCGAAGCAGAUCCAGCGUUAGUUAAGAGCAGAGAUUUUCAAGACGUCACUGCAUUGCAUUGGGCAGCCAUCAACAAUCAAAUUCCCGUCGCCAAAUACCUUCUGGAUCAUGGUGCAGAGGUAGAUGCUGUCGGGGGAGAGCUAGUGGCCACACCAUUGCAUUGGUGCACAAGUCUUAGUGUUGAUAUCUUGUUGAAGCAAGGGGCUCGAGUUGAUACAAAAGACCGAGAAGGGUUCACGCCAUUGCAUUGGGCCGUUGUCAAAGGGAACCGAGAUUGUCUAUCUAAAAUCUUGAAGGCGGGUGCAGAUGUCAAGGCGGGAGACAAGUCGGGAAAGACCCCAAUGGAUAUGAUCAAAGAGCUUAAGGAAUCCGUCAUCUGGGAGAAAGCACUCAGUGAUGCCAAAUUGGCUAGCGAUGGUCGGACGCGAAGAUCAUUGUUUGAUAAGAAAACCACCAAUACGAUUAUUUAUUUCAUCCCUUAUGUGACACUGUUCCUUACAUUGGAGCUAAUGACCCUGUUUUCGUGGUACAUUGCCAUGCCAGUUGCAAUCGUCCAAUUUUUGAUUGGGCAUGUCGGAUCAGUCAAAAUCCUACUAAGGACAAGGACACCAAAUGACAUGUUACAGACCCCAUACUACACUGCUGUCUUUCAGUCUACAGCCUUUUGGGUAGGAUUCGUAUGGCUGCGCUACAUUUUAUUCAGUAAGUAGAUUCAUCCUCUAUCUUUUUUUUUUUUAAUAUUUAU